AUGCCGCCGCCGGGUGCCGCGCGGGAGGCCGCGGCCCGCGACGUGCCGGCCGCCGACCUGCGCUGCAGCCUGUUCGCCGCGGCGCUGCGGAGCUACAAGCGCGACUCGGUGCUGCGGCCCUUCCCGGCCUCCUACGCCCGCCGCGACGGCAAGGACUUCGAGGCCCUGCUUGCAGAUGCGGGCAGGUUACCUAACCUGAAGGAACUUCUCCAGUCCCCUGGAGACAAAGACAAGCCAGCCUGGGACCUGGUGAGCUGGAUUUUAUCCUCCAAGGUCCUGACAAUCCACAGCGCAAGAAAGUCACAGUUUGAAAAGAUCCAGCAGCUGACGGGUCCCUCUAGCACGCCUGUCCCCAGCCCCGACUUCCUGUUUGAAAUCGAAUACUUCGACCCACUGAAUGCCAAGUUUUAUGAGACCAAAGGAGAACGAGACCUGAUCUACGCCUACCACGGAAGCCGACUAGAAAACUUUCAUUCCAUCAUCCAUAACGGCCUGCACUGCCACCUGAACAAGACAUCCUUGUUUGGAGAAGGAACCUACCUCACAAGUGACUUGAGCCUGGCCCUCAUUUACAGUCCCCACGGUCACGGGUGGCAGCAGAGCCUCCUCGGCCCCAUCCUGAGCUGUGUGGCCGUGUGUGAGGUCAUCGAUCAUCCAGAUGUCAAGUGCCGAAUCCGGAAGAAGGACUCCAAGGAGAUCGAUCGCAGAAGAGCAAGAAUCAAGUACAGUGAAGGGGGAGAUGUUCCUCCCAAGUAUUUUGUGGUCACUAAUAACCAGCUUCUGCGAGUGAAAUACCUGCUGGUGUAUUCCCAGAAGCAGCCUAAGAGGGCUUCAAGCUGGCCCUCCUGGCUGUCCAGCCAUUGGUUCAUGGUCAUGAUGUCUCUGUACCUGCUGCUGCUGCUCAUAGUGAGCGUUGCCAACUCCUCCGCCUUCCAACACUUCUGGAAUCGCGUGAAGAGAUAAUCUUUCGGGGCCCAGUGCGGGGGGGGGGGGGGGCACCUCAGUCAUGUGCCUUGUAUUCUGUAGCUCCUGCGCCUCAGGUCCGGCCGGGUUGAGCCUGGGAUACUGCAGGAUCUUUUCCGUACGCCAUAAAUGUAACUGAUUGCCUUCAGUGACGCUGCCAGCCACACUUCAGUCCUUGGCCCCUCACUCACAUGUUUGGGGGAGCUCUCCCAUCUGCUUGUUCCUAAACAGUCCGAGGGAGGUGGCCCUUCAGCCAGGGCCAAAGGAAAAAGUCCCGCUGCAUGUAAAAACAACGUGUCCAGGCUGUCAGUGGCGUGUUUACAACUGGGCCUGGAGCAGGCUGGCCCUUCCUCUAAUGCUUUCUGGAAGGCGAGUAUGCGUAGUGUGACUAUAAAUCACCAGGCGGUUGCCUUGUUUUGACUCGAGGCACCCAAGAGGGACAGUCAUGUUUCUCAUAAAAACCAGUGGGAUCGUUUCAGGAUUCCAUCAGCUUUUGUAUAUGAGUGCAAAACAUGUAUUUUAACAGUUUGCUCAAAUCAACAAUCAGCCUUCUACUACAGCUGUCCUUCCCAGGCCUGAAAACCAAACACAGAUCUAAACAAUGCUCAGCUCAAGUUGUCUUUUUCGAAAAAUUCUCCACUGCUGAUUACAGCUGAAAUAGAACCAAAUGUUUGUUUUCUGAUUUUUUUUUUUUUUAAAUAGCUGUUUGUCAAGUUAGUCUUUGUGAGCUAAAUGAAAGGGGAAAUUUCUAAAUCUAGAGCCCCAGUUGGCCAGGAUCCACAGCCUCUUUCCUGGCUGGGUUUUAGAGAGAAGAUCCAGAGCCCCCGGCUUGCUGCUGUCCUCACUGUCACGAAGCUGCCUUGACUGUGGCCUGCCGGCCGCAGACACCACGCUGUCGGCCCUCAGUG